AUGAUGGAUGGGCUCAGGAGCCGCUUCCAGUCGAUUAGAAGCAAUGCUGCUUCAAAGACAUCGGUGGAGGGUUGGGUUCUCGAGAAGCAGCCAAUGACCUUUGCUGACGAGAAUACAUGGAGCAAUCGCGACUCCGACGUCACUCCAGAAGAGUACCGUACGUGGAACAGUUGGACUAUUCUAGGCUUCUGGCUCAGCGAUGCUCUCUCUGUACAGAGCUGGUCAGCAGCAUCGGCCAUCAUAGCUGUUGGAUUAACAUGGCGCGAAGCAGUCUACUGUUUGAUCCUAGGCACUCUCACCAUUACUAUUCCCCUUUGCCUCAACGGUGCCGCUGGCGCCGAGCUCCACGUCCCGUUUCCCGUGGUCGCACGUUCCAGUUUUGGUUUCCUCUUUGCAAAGUUCCCAAUUAUUGUCCGCAUGGUGACUGCUCUCUUCUGGCACUCGAUCCAAACUUAUUCAGGAUCGACGGCCAUGACUCAGGUCAUACGCUCGAUUUGGCCGUCGUACCUUGAUAUCCCCAACCACCUUCCAGAAUCCGCUGGCAUCACGACGCAGGAAAUGGUCUCACACUUUAUCUUCUGGAGCGUGCAGUUUCCCGUCCUGCUGAUCUCGCCUCACAAGCUGCGGUGGUUCUUUGUUGCCAAGGCCGUGGUAGUCAUCCUGGCGGCCACGGGCAUCGUCAUUGGCAUGGCGCGCAUGGCCAACGGCACGGGCGAUAUAUGGGACCAGCAGCCGACCGUCACCGGGUCCACGAGAGCCUGGCUGAUUGUCUCCUCCAUGUCGUCCAUGACGGGUGGCUGGGCGACCAUGGCGACAAAUGUGGCCGACUUUACCAGGUACCUGAAAAAGCCAAAGGGCGUUUAUUGGCAGGCUCUAUUUGUGCCCAUGAUUUUGACUAUUUUGGGUGUCUUUGGUAUUAUUGGGACCUCGUGCGCCAAGGUGGUCUACGGAGACUAUAUUUGGGACCCAUUGACUCUGGCGUCCAACUGGACCUCACCUGGAGGUCGGGCUGGGGCUUUUUUUGUGGGAGUGUCUUUCUGCCUAGCUCAGAUUGGUACAAAUUUGAGCGCAAAUGUUGUAUCUUGUGCCAAUGAUAUGACGAAUCUAUGGCCAAAGUAUAUCAAUAUUCGUCGUGGCGUCAUUAUUACAACUAUCACUGCAGGAUGGAUUAUGGUCCCGUGGCUAAUCAUCAGCAACGCCGAGUCAUUGUUGAAUUUCAUGAGUGCCAUGGGAGUUUUUCUCGCUCCCAUUGCCGCUAUUCUUGGUUGCGAUUACUGGGUCAUCAAGAGGAAAGCCAUUGAUGUCCCCGCGCUGUACCGUCGGCGCGCUCGGUAUAGUUACCAGAAUGCCUGCGGAACGAAUUGGCGUGCCGCCGUGGCCUUUUUCAUUGGUCUGGUUCCCAACUUGCCCGGAAUGGCGGCCGCUGUCAACACUUCGCUGGAUAUCGGCGGCGCAUCCUACAUUUAUGACAUGUUUUACCUGUACGGUUUCUCGUCGACAUUUGCAGUGUACGCACUUUUGAGUUGGGCGUUCCCGGCACACGAAACGCUUAUCUCACAUGCGGUGCACCAAGAUAUUUUGGUUGUCGAUGGCACACAGGUUAUCAAUGACGGGGUUCAUGACCCUUGGUCCAAGAUAAGGAUCAAGGAGAGCAGCAUGGUUGAUGAAGCCUCUGUAUGA